CAUGUGCAUAUAUGGUGAACGGCGCACGUGAUCGCGUUCGCGAAUUAUAUUAUACUUACUGGCGAAACAUAGGAAGGUUAUCACCUGCCAGUAAAAAGCAUCGUUAUUUACACAAUUUAUUACCUAACUAAGUUGCAAAAUGUCUGUCAAAAUAUUCUACGACUUGAUGUCGCAGCCUGCGAGGUCGGUGUUGAUGUUUGCGAGGGCAAACAAGAUCCCAUACACUCCAUGUCCAAUAGCCAUGCGAAAAAGUGAGCACCAAUCUGAGGAGUAUGCAGCCGUCAAUCCAAUGAAGAAGAUUCCGGCUAUGCAAGAUGGAGAGUUCAAACUCACAGAGAGUAUCGCAAUAGUGAAAUACUUGCAGGCCAAGCAUGCAUGCCCUGAUCAUUGGUACCCAUCCGACCUCCAAACUAGGGCCAAAGUCGAUGAGUACCUCGCCUGGCAACACAUGAACACCAGAAUCAAUGUUGCAAAGGUCUUUUUGAAAGAGGUGAUCUUCCCCCGUAUGACGGGCACCCCGGCAGACCCCGCGGCCCUUGCACCAGACAUCCAGAGAAUGGAAGAAACCUUAGACAACUUAGAAAAGCACUUUCUCAAGGACAAACCUUUCCUUUGUGGGGAUGAUAUCAGCAUCGCGGACCUGUUUGGCGUCAACGAGGUUAUACAGGUAGAACCCUGCGGCUAUGGUACAAUAGACAGAAGACCAAAGCUGAAGGCGUGGAUAGGGAGAGUGAGAGAGCACGUACAACCAGAGAUCUUUGACGAUGUCUGCCAACUCAUCUACAAACUCGCCAAAGCAAAACAAAAGCUGUGAUCUGUUAUAAAAACUUAAAAAGUAGAAGAUAUGAUCUUCAAGAUGACUUCUAUCAAAGGUUUAUAAUCUAUCUGUCUUCCGUGAAUGUACGAGUGCAGGUAUUUCACAGGUUGUGUUUUAUCUGAACGGUAGAAGUGGACAAUUUCAUGAAAGGGAAAAUUAUUAUUAUUGUUAUUGAGCUGGUUAUUGAUUUUUGUUGGAAGGACAAAAGUGGCCAGAUUUAUUCAAUUAAAAAUGGAUUUCAUUGCCAUCUGGUGGGUGAUAUGCCUAUUGAUUUUAUUUUAAAUGAUGAUAGACCUGUAGUCUUGUCAUUAAACAGUUUUGGUUUCCAUUUUGUGGGCUGGAUUUUCUUACAUACAUGCAGUUUGCUUCUGCUAACAGUAUUAGCUUGUAAUUUCCAAACUUUGUGGUCCUUUAUAUUUCAUAUUUUAUUUGACAAAUAGAUAACAAUGACCAGAAUACUAUCUUUCAUUUUUUCUCAUUGAAAAUUUCAAGGUUCAAAUCUUUGGUAAUUUGUUAGAUGAAUACAAGAUCAUAUGCUGCAGUGAAUUGAGAGAGGUUUGACUGAAAUUCAAUUUACUGAUUUUUAAGACGUAGAGAGUAUAAAAAGUGUGCCCUAAUUAUCUACAAAUUUGUAUACCUACAAAUUCCAUAUUUGUAAGAGAUAUUUUCUUUGGUGUAUUCUUUUUUUGUUGGGGUCUUGCUGUCAUAUUAACAUGAGUAACAUAUAGUAACGAGAUUGGCCAUGUAGUAAUGGUCCAUGUUCAUGUACAUAUGUAUGGUACUGGUCAUUAUGUAUUGGUGCAUCUAUUCAUAAUAUUGGUUCAGGCUAUGACUGUAUUUCAUAUGGCAUUCAUUGUGGAUGUUUGUAUUAGACUCAAUCAUCAAAUAUUCAAAUGUAAGAGACGUCACUGAUGGAAAAGAGAUCAUUUUGUAUUCAACAGUUAUAUUCGCUCAAGAAAUUCAGGUGUCCAUUUGGAUUUAGUGUGCUGUUUAACCCCUUAAUUACAAUGUAUCCAAUACUGUAUAAGCUGUUGUUUUCGUGAAUUUCGCGAGUUGCAUAUUAUCACGAAUUUUAUCAACGCACAAAUUCAAGAGUGCAAAAAUUAUGUGUUUGCGUACUAGUAACUGCCUUAGCGAUGUUCGUAAUGCAAUGCUGUCGUCUCGCACCCCACGCAUACCGGUAUAUUGCACAGAUUGCACGACGCACGCAAUCCUUGUACCGGUACAAAGAGAAUGAUCAUGAUAUAAAGCAUUUAUCAUAA